AUGCAUGCACCAUCUUCGAAACCUCUCGAAAUAUUUUCGACAGGGUCAUUUGAUACUUUGAAGCGGGAAGGCUGUUAUUAUUUAGAUAAGACUCACUUCAUCCCUAAAAUAGAAGCUCUCCGUGCUCCCGCCAUCCUUUCUCUACGUCCUCGUCGUUUCGGAAAAACACUAUUCCUCUCCACUUUGUCAUCUUAUUAUGAUAUAAAGAACAAAGGAGAACGAUUCAACCAGCUUUUUGGUGAUUUAUUCAUCGGCGAAAACCCUACAAAUUUAGCAUCAUCAUAUCUUGUUCUCAAACUCAAUUUUGCUGGGCUUCGCACUAAUGAAACAUACGACAUCUUCAAUGUCGACUUUCACGAAAGUUUAAAUAGAUUUAUGUCAAUAUUUAUGAACCGAUAUCGAUAUGAGUUGGGGGAUUAUUUCCAGGCCGUUGAUGAAAAUAAAAGUGCUUUGAGAAAUUUCAUGAUGCUAUUGGAAGCGGUACAAUUAAGUGAUCACAAGCUUUAUGUUUUCAUCGAUGAAUACGAUGCUGGCAUGAAUGAAGCCCUUAAAAACGAAACCAUCUUACAACCUCUUAUCGCUCAUCAUGAAAAGAAAAGUAACCCUUCUAAAACCAGAAUUGAAGCAAUGGAUAGUUCGUUCAAACAAUUCUACAGUCGCCUGAAGACUGCUUGUGAUGAAGGCAUAGCUCGUGUUUUCCAAACUGGUGUGACCCCCGUCGUUAUGUCUGAGUUCACUUCGGGUUUUAACAUUUCGAAAGAUUUAGCAUUAAGAAAAGAAUUUUGGGACUUGUAUGGUUUCAAGAAGUCGGAAAUUGAACAUCUCUUAGACAAUGCUCUUGGUUUAUCAUCAGAUGUUAAGGGAGGAAUAUUAAAGUGGUUAAAGGAGGAAAAUGAUGGGUAUUUUUUCAACCCUGAUCAAACUGAGGGUAUUUUCAACACUGCUCGUGUCUUAUACUGUAUUGAGAUGUUGAUGGAAAGAAAAACGAUACUUACAAACGAUGAUUAUCAGGAUACUUCAGCUACCAUCAAAAAACUUCUUAGGUUUCCCUCUGACCCGCAUACAUUGCCCUCUCAAACAACUUUGGAUUUGAUUGUCAACAAUCCCCUUGGCAAAUUCGUCCUUACCGAAGUACUCAAUCAACAUUCUCUUGAAUUAAAAACGGAUAUAGAACAACGAUUUCGGCUUACCAACAUUCGUGAGCUAGCAACUGAUCGUACUCCAUUACUAUCAUUCAUGUUCUAUACUGGUGCUCUAACAUAUAAACCGGGAUCAUUAAAAUAUGAACUUCAGAUCCCGAAUCGUAUUGCCAAAAGAGAGUUUAUUGCAGAGGCACUUAAGAUUUAUGAUUGGAAAGAAGAGGAUUUAAUGUCUACUUUACUUAAACCAUUGAAGGACAAUAGUGUUAAGCAUUCAAAUGAAGAAGCAUUGAAACAAGCUUUUAUGGAUGCUUUAAUUCUCACUCUUCACGCGGACAUUGAACCAGAAUUUCGGGUGCAUACUCAAAAUUUAAGUAGAAAAGCAAUUGAUCUAGUAAAGACAAGUACCGGAAGAAGAAUAGCAAUCGAAUUUGAUAAUAUUAAGACAGAAUGUGUUAAAUUAAAUGGAGUCACAAAUAGCUGGCAGGAAUUAACUCAGGUGUCCCGAUUAUUGUCAGAAAAAUCAGAUGAAGAAAUUUUAAGCCUUGAAAUCAGUGAUAAAUAUCGGCCUAAACAAAAGACAGUUCGUGAAGUUUUGGAACAUAAAAUUAAAGUGAAAAAAAAUGAGUACUUAAUGCCUUUAAAAGAACGAAACGAUGCAGAAUUGAGUUGUAUGUUUAUUGUUUUGAGAGUGGGUUUGCAUCGUCUAAUUAGUAGGAGGGCUUAUUGUAUUGAUGAAUAA